UGCAGAUGCACAGGAACCGGUAUUAGUCCCAAAAAUACGAUCGAUCUUUUUGAAAAAAUCCUCUGUUUCCUUAUCCUCGUUAGUUUGGUUUAUCUCACCAUCCCCGACAAUAUAUGCAAGUUCCCCAUGAUUCUUAAACAAAAUAAAUAUCUAGGAAGUUCAGUUUGUGUGGUAGUUUAUUUGAUCCAAGGUUUCAAGCUGCUACUAGUCUCGUCUCUCAAGUUAUAUGGGAUUGUUGCCUAUAUUACUACCAACAGGCAAAAAGACAAGAUCGCUGCCAGCAAGCAAUUUUUAUGCAAUACCUGUAUAAGAAGCGUCUAUUAACUGCCAAGAACAAUCUCCACCAAGGAGUGAAGAGAAGCUUGCCUCGAAGAGCAUAUAUAUUGUCUGAACGCAGAGCGGACAGACCACUGCCACUGCAGGGGUAAAUUUCAUAAUUUUAUUACAUAGGUUGAAUCUGUUGGUAAUUACAGUUUGCAAAAUUGAUAUCGCAAGACUUACCAGAGUGAUGGAAACCAUUAAGCCUUCUGCUAAUUUGCGUUCACAUAGGAUUUCUCAUGAGGAAUUCUUAUCUAUUAAAAUUGAAAUAGUUUUGGGAGGAGACACAAACAAGGUAAUCACAGAACAUUUACCAAUAGAUUUGGUGGUUGAAAUCUUAUGUCGAUUACCCAUAAAGAGUUUGUCUGUGUUCAAGUGUGUAUCCAAAUCAUGGAACAAACUUAUUUCUCAAGUCUGUAUUCCGAGAAUUACAGCAGAUGCUUGUGUCAUUAAGUUAUAUAGUGGAUAUGUUAAAAGAUUUUGUUACUCCUUCAGUUUAUCUGAUAAGAUGCCAGAGGUGAAUUAUGUUGGUUCCGUUCCGAAAAAUAGAGAUAAGAACGAUAAUUAUCAUGAAAUUGAUUGUUGUAAUGGGUUAUCUCUAUAUAAAGACAGUCAAUCCUGUUAUGGCACUCGUUACGUUGUGGCUGACCUAGCAACAAAUCAAUGUUUUACUAUCCCUGAACCUCUGGAACAUGUUAAAAGUAAUUAUGUUGCACUAGCCUUUGAUCCUGUCGAAUCCAAUGGCUACAAAGUCGUUCUGCCUCUUUCUUACUUAGAUUCUCCAAGCUUGGACGUAUUUUCAUCUGAUACUGGUAAGUGGACUAGGCACACAGUACCUGGAGAUUGGAUUAAGUAUCUGUUUGUUUCCCAAUGUCAUCCCCACUACUAUGAAGGGGUUAAAUGGACCAAGAAGACUGUUUACUUGGAUGGGAUAUUGUAUGUAUUAACUGUGAAACAGUGCCUUGUACUGUUUGACCUCAAAUCGCCAACAGUGUCAGCUCAAGUCAUUAAAGUUCCAUGUGCAAGCCAUCGAACUGGAUUUAUUGGGAAUUCCAGAGGUGUUUUGUAUUAUACUAAUUACGACAAGGAAUAUAGAUUAUCAAUGUGGCAGUUCGACUAUCAUAGUACAACUGGAAAUUUCUGGAUUUUGAAGCAUUGCAUUUGUAUCAAUGACUUGCUGGAUAAAAAUCAAGCUAUCUUGCAUACAAUGAAUUUGGGCAAUCACCAGCCUGGUUGUCUGUUUGAGCCCUAUGGUAUCCAUCCACUAUCUGACAUUAUUUUCUUAGCGUUACAAGGAAGGAUAUAUACAUAUCAUCUCGGAAGCCAAAAGUGUGAGCUUGUAUGGAAGCCUGCAAGAACUCUGUCUUGGCGCAGUGAUUUUAUCUACCCUUCGUUAUACAGCUAUAUUAAUGUGAAGGAUUUUCGCAAUGCAGAUCGUCCAUACCUGUCCUUCAAACAAGUAUCUGAUGAUGGCACGGUGGAUCCGCAUGGAGGUGGUCAUUAUAUAUGAAACUGGAACAUUUUGUAUAUCCGGAAGGGUUUGAAGUAUCCUUUCUGGUUUGGCGAUUUAUUCCUUCGGUGGCUGGUCCUGAGGAUGGUUGUUAAAUCAAGUCUUUGAUGAGUUAGGAUACCCGUUGUGUCUUGGAGCAUCUAUCUAUUAUAUGUGAUCUGUUUUCCUCUUUUCCUUCAAAUCCUUUUAUGGGAGUGUUCUCAAUAACUAUUUGCUGUUCUCAAUAAGGUUGUAUAUUGACUGAUAUUAACAUAUUUUAUGUGUGAAACCAUAUAUUUAGUUCUACCCUCUCUUUUCACUGA